UCUAUGGAUAUAAACUGAAAUGGUCUCUGAGAUUGCUUCAUCAUCUUCCCCAUCUUCAACCCAGAAGCCUGUGUCAGUUGUGAAGAAGAGAAAAGCAGGGAGGACUAAGUUUAAGGAGACGAGGCACCCAGUUUACAGAGGGGUUCGAAGAAGAAAUGGGAAUAAAUGGGUAUGUGAAGUGCGAGAACCCAACAUGAAAUCAUCAAGAAUAUGGCUCGGAACCUUUCCUACUCCUGAAAUGGCUGCUAGGGCUCAUGAUGUUGCUGCUUUGGCUUUUAGAGGAGAGUUUGCUGCUCUUAACUUCAUAGAUUCUGCUUCGAUACUUCCACGAGCAAAGUCUUCUUCUGCUAGAGAUAUUAAAAGGGCUGUUCUUGAUUUUGUUGAGGCCUUUAACAGGCCGAGUGUGCCAUCAUCAUCAUCAUCUUCUUCUUCGUCCGGGUGUUUUAAUCCAUGCAUAUCCACGAGCGAUGAUUUUCCCGGCGAGAAGAGACAAGAAAAUGAAGCAAAUGCUGCUGCAGCUACACUAUUCUUGGACGAGGAGGCGUUAUUUAAUAUGCCAGUUUUGCUUGAUAGCUUGGCUGAGGGCUUGAUUCUUACUCCGCCAUCUAUCGGAAAAGAGUUUGAUUGGGAUGAAAUAGCCUCUGCUGUGGACAUGACUUUAUGGACAAUUUAAUCGGCUUAAGUUGAGAUAAAUGAGACCGAGAGUUAGGAUUUUUAUGAACAAAAUUAAAUAUUCGUUCAAAAUAACAGAAUU